GAGAAGUUUGCCUGCGGCGCAGUCCAGUGAACAUUUUACUGUAUUUCAUUUGGGGGAACAGCAACAAGAGCCUCCGGAGAAGCUUUCCAGGGAAUGCUGAGGAAUAUUUGACAGCACAAAGACACUACUCACAGCUGAGUUUUUCCUCCUUUUUUUCAAAAAAUAAAUAUAUAUAUAUAUAUAUAUAUAUAUAUAUAUAUACUUUUCAUUGAUGUCGCCGAACUAGUGAGGAGCUCGGGUCAGUAGGACAGCGGCCGCGCGCGGACUGUUGUCUGUCGGAGGGUUUUUAAAUUUUUUGGGUCCUGGAGAAGUGGGAACAGAGCGAAACAGAAACGAAAGACGAGGAGGAGGAGAAGAAGAAGAAGAAGAAGAAGAAGAAGAAGAAGACCGUGCAAGUGAAAGUGACAGAGUCCGACUCAGAAUGAAUAACAACAAAAUCGAGAAAGAGAACGAGCAGAGUGAAUUCACCAACCACGAAGAGGAGGUCCGAACGCUAUUUGUCAGUGGGCUACCACUGGAUAUUAAGCCGCGGGAGCUCUAUCUCCUGUUCAGACCAUUUAAGGGCUAUGAAGGCUCUUUGAUAAAACUCACUUCUAAACAGCCAGUGGGGUUUGUCAGCUUUGACAGUCGAUCAGAGGCGGAGGCUGCUAAGAAUGCCUUGAACGGAGUUAGGUUUGAUCCAGAAAUCCCCCAGACACUGCGGCUGGAGUUCGCCAAGGCCAACACCAAGAUGGCCAAGAACAAGCUGGUUGGCACCCCCAACCCCCCUCCCUCCCAGCAGAGCCCCGGGCCACAGUUCAUCAGCAGAGACCCAUAUGAGCUCACAGUGCCUGCUCUAUAUCCCAGCAGCCCAGACGUGUGGGCGUCAUACCCGCUGUACCCGGCGGAGCUGUCGCCGGCCCUCCCACCCGCUUUCACCUACCCCUCCUCGCUCCACGCUCAGAUUCGCUGGCUCCCACCUGCAGAUGGAACUCCUCAGGGAUGGAAGUCCAGGCAGUUCUGCUGAAGUAUGUGUUCCUGAUGUGUGAUGGUGGCCGUGGCCGGCUGUGACGGGCGUUGCUGAUUGCCUCUCGUGUCCAAUUAGUAAAAACCAGGAGGACUGACCUGACUCCAGCUCUCAGAGCAGCGUACCGUCGGCAGCAGCAGCCUCAUGGGCCUCAGGACAUACUAGACCCCAGCCUCCAUCACACAUCGAGCCCCCCACCCCACCAACUCCCUUUUUUUAUACUGUUACAUACUCCAAAUUUACCGGCAGUGCUUUGGCUACACACCUCCUCUGACACCUCCAUGAAAAGGUACCGGGCAUGCAUGACAAAGGUGCGCACAUACACAUACACACACAUACACAUACACACACACACACACACACACACACACACCCUUCCUUUACCAGUCGACUGCAUCGCCUGUCCAAUGUUAGCAGGUCUCUUGCUUUGCAUUCUGUAUAUGCAAGUGUAAAGACAGCCCAACCAGAGGAGUGCAAACACAUUUUAUGCAAGGCCAGAUGUACGGAGGCUAAAUGUGGCUAAAGCACUGCUGGAUAAUGUUAUUAUAUUACUAUAAUUAUUACUAUUCUGUAUAUCAUUCAUAUUAAUGUUAUUAUGAUUAUUAAAUACAUGUUGAAGCAUGACUUUGCAAAAAAAAUGAAAAAAAACAAUGCUGUACAUUUUUAGAUAUUUUAAAGAAAUACAAAAAGGUAUUUUUGUAAUCAAGACUGUUUGAAAUGGUUCUGUUUGAUUGGUUUAUGUUGUGCUAAAGUGUGUGAGGAGCUUUUAUUUUUUGCCCCUCCUGUUUUGUGCCAUUAUAAAAUGGUUAAGCCACCCUGCUAUACCAAAGCAGUCCUGUCGGUUUUGCUCUUGUCUUUUCUACAUACUGUGUGGAUUUCGGUUUGCUCAUGUGUGUCUUUGUGUGGCGUCUUUACCCGAUGAAGCAGACGCAGUAGUCCUUUUUUGUCUGAUGUGCUGUGGUUUCAACCCGAGUAGUCAACGUCAACACCAAGUGACAAAAACCACUCCUGAUCCGAGCUCGUAAUUUUUGCAGUUUGAGGUAAUCAGACGUGUUAAAAAGAGGCAUUGACAGGAAUAAGCCAUCAGUGGCGAAGGUAGAGUGACCCCCAGGGACUGCAAUACAUGGCAAACUGAGCCCUGCUAUAAUUAGGAAUUUGCCCCUUCAUUGUGUAGCAGGAGGACAGCAGCACAGUAUAGAGAAACAAAAGACCAAAGGCAUUUUUUUUUACACUGGAGAGCUAUCUAGGCUAGUGGAGUUAUUCCAUUUUUGACUGCUUUGUAGUCCUCAAUCUGAUUUCUUAUGAAGUAUGACAUUAUUUUUGCUGCAUGUCUCUUUUGGUGUCACUCCAAAGAGCCACUCUGCAUCUGAAAGGAUAUUCACUUUAAGCAAUUUGUCUCUUUUGUCUAUUUUUAGGGAGCCAAUGUGAUUCAACCUGCUUUUGUAAAUUUUUGAAUUUACAUAGUAAUGAUUGGAGUGGGGGAAAGAAGAAAAAAACAAACAAAUCUUUUGUAAUCUUGUGUAUUCUGGGCCUGCAAUAAUGUCUUUGCUGUAUGACAUAUCAUUGAGCGAUAAUAUUUCUGUGACAUUUUGACGCCAAAAUUCUCACUCAUGUCACAUUUGUACAAAAACAAACCGUGAUUCUUGUACUUUUUUCCUGAUAAGGCUAAGUCACAUUUCACAGUGAUGUGACAAUCAAAAACAGAAACAAAGAAAACAACAAUCUUCCCUGUGAUGUUAAGCCCAGGUGUGUACAAUCAUAUUGGACUGGUUGAAUCAUAUAGUCAGUGUUUGUAAUGAAUAAUAAUAAUAUGCACAUCAUAUCGACUGAUUUUCUGAAGCAGUUUUUGCUUUUACAGACAUUUUUUAAGCCAAGUGUGGCACCAAAUUUAUUAGAACAAGUAUUUAUAAGGUGUGUGUGUGUAAGUGUGUGUUUUUUUAUGGGUAUUAUGUUUUUAAAGUUCAUAGAAGAUGCCCAUCAUAUAAUUCAUUGUAAGUAUUAUUGUAAGUUUAAUUGUAUAUUCAUUUGGUAAUUUUUCUAGAGCUUCUUUUUGUGUUUGUAUCUGACUGGUUGGAACAUACUGUAUGUGAUAUAUGAAUACUGUUUUAUCUACAUAAUUCACUGUGAAAUCCAGAGAAAAACAUGCUCUUUGAACGAAUGGAUCUUUUUGUGUUUUGUCAGCAGUGUGCGGUACAGAAGUUCCUGGAAAUGAAUAUGAUGAUCCCUCCUUUUGUCAAUGAAAAAAAUACUCCUUUCUUGUUUCAGUAUAUCGUGUGCGUACCUGUGUGUUCUGUGCAUGUUCACGGCAUGUGUGUGCUCUUCUUUUCUUUUUCUUAAUGCAUACAGUACUGUUGAUAUUUAUGUAUUUUAGCCGCUGUAAGGAGAAACUGUAUUUCAGUGAAUUGCAGAGGUCUGUUUGUUUGAAACCAAAAAAAAGGUGAUCAAAAUGAGAAGUUUUUAUGAAAAUGUUAAAUGAAGACAUUUCAGGCCAUCUGCCAUUAAAGAUUGACGUCA